AACUCACUGAUCUUUCCAGUCGGCAAAGGCCCGGCAUCCGCUGCGAUCUACGUGCGGAACGUGAGGGAUCUGAUGCGCAGGCGUCAUGAAGAAAACUGGUCCUGCAUUAUGGAAAGCCAUAACGAACUCCAGAGAGCGGAACUCAGUUAUGGGAGAGCUUCAGUGUGUCCUGAAUGGAGGAGAGUACACCCCCUUCACAUCCACUCCCAUGUUGGAAAGUAAUUUCAUUCAAGUCAGUAAGAAAGGAGAAUCUGUUUAUCUCCAUAACCGUGCCAAUUGGGUGACUGUGGGCAUCUGUGCUUCCAGUCCCACCCUGCCCCUGCCCAAUGUGAUGCUCCUGGCACACCUGAUGCCCACCUCCCCCAAGGAGGCUCAGCCAAAGCUUUGGAGUUUCUCUAGGCCCACCUCUCAAUAUAAGCUGGUGCUCACCAGGUUCAUCCCCCUCCAGUUUGCGACUAUUUCUGUGUACGACGCCAGGAAGUUAUGCCUCAAAAUCAAGCUGGUCAGUGGGCGCUCCUACUACCUCCAGCUCUGUGCGCCGUCGUCUAAGCAGGAUGUCAUCUUCCGCCAGUGGGUACAACUCACUUAUCUCCUGCAGCCCCCUACAAAAUACCGUGGAGACACAGAACGCACGGCGCCGCGGGAGGACGCUGAUCUUGCGAGGGCGAGCGGAGAUGGAGAGGAAGAAAGCCAAGCAAAGAAUGGAAACAACAGGCACCGGGAAGAGCCGAGAAGGGAACGUGACACCAGAAAGCCUUCUGUUACAGUGGUACCUGUAGAAGAGUGUUAUAAUUAUAUAGAAAUCGGCACUGAUGGUUUCAAGACCCCUGAACAGGGAACAACUGGGGCAGAACUGAUCAAGGGUGAUUAUGACCGUGAGAAAAAAAGCCAUGAAACCACAGAGAUGGAGGGAGAAGCUAAAGAAGAGGCUGAGGAGGAGAUUACAAGAAAGGAAUCCAGGAACUCCAGAAGUGAUUCAGGAGCUGCAGGCUUGUAUAGUUUUUCCGUUUUCCCGCUGAUAAGCAUUUCUUUCCCCAUGUUCACAAUCUAAAUCACUUCUUGUUCCCCACCUGAAUUCUUCUCUUCGCACCAUACUCUGGUGGCUUUCAAAUAA